AUGGAUUUCCGCAAAAAUAUAUUAACAACCGAGGUCCUCCCGCACGCCCAGUCGCCGUCCUACCAAGUGAAAACGACCGCGUUACGAAUACUGGGCGCGACCAAAAGUUUCGGAGAUCUGUCGCAGUUCGCAGACGUACAUACACUCGAGUACGAGCUGAGGGGGAAGGUGUCACAUGCCGAUGCUGAACUUAUACUAUGGUGUGUAGAAUACAGGCUACCGAACAGCGAGCGACUGUUACAGGCGGCCAUCUUGUUUUACGAUAAUUUGCCGCAAGCCGUGCGGAAGAAGAUCGUUGUUAAGGGCAUUUCUAAAUCGCCGCCGGAGCUCAAGAGAGCAGCCAUACAGUUCCUGAUAUCACAAUCGUGCGAAGACCCGGUUGCGCGCGUGUGGCGCGACCUUCUGGAAGAUGAUGACGUCACGGUCGUGAUGGCUGGCGUCCGGGAGCUGGCUGACUGUCUGGCAGCAGCCUUACAGGCGGUACAGGAAGACGAAACUCAGGAACUGCCCCCAAAGCUGUCUUCCCUGUUACGCCUAGCAUCUCUAGUUCCGGCCGCACAUGCGUUACCGCUGCGUGCGUGCGGCCCGCAGCUGCGGGGGCUCGUUCACCACGCCGCUACGCUAAACGCCGCUAAAGCUUUACUUGCGGGGGCCAGUGACUUGUACAAGGUGAGUGUAGAGCCAUAUGUAGAGUUACAAGCAUCUCUAGUUCCGCCCGCACAUGCGUUACCGCUGCGUGCGUGCGGCCCGCAGCUGCGGGGACUCGUUCACCACGCCGCUACGCGAAACGCCGCUAAACCUUUACUUGCCAGUGACUUGUAUAAGGUGAGUGUAGAGCCAUAUGUAGAGCUACAGGCAUCUCUAGUUCCGCCCACACAUGCGUUACCGCUGCGUGCGUGCGGCCCGCAGCAGCGGGGGCUCGUUCACCACGCUGCUACGCUAAAUGCCGCUAAAGCUUUACUUGCCAGUGACUUGUACAAGGUGAGUGUAGAGCCAUAUGUAGAGCUACAAGCAUCUCUAGUUCAGCCCGCACAUGCGUUACCGCUGCGAGCGUGGGGCCUGCAGCUGCGGUUCGAUUAA